AUGACGCCGGCUGAUGCUGAAGAUGCCAAGCCGCUGCUGCCACUCUUGGCAUCCCUGGCGGCUAGACGAAAAGCGCUGGCAACCUCCAAGGAUGGCGACGGUGGCCAGGAUGCAGCAGGCAAAAGACUUGCUGAGCCGAAGCCGCUGAGGAAAGCGAAGGCAAAGAUGAAAGCCAAGAGCCUUGGCGAUCGGGAACAGUAUGGUGACAAAGAGGAGAAAAUAGAUGGAGGCCUUAUGCACAGGACCAUGGGCCUGCUAUGGCCUGCAGAUGAAAGCACGGAGCGCGACGGAUCUCCCGACUCCACGCGCGCCUCCGACUCGCCAAGUGAAACGACGCCUGCAACGCCCAAGGAAGCAGGGCCUACCACCUACGACCCGAACCUGUGGUACAUCCAUGGCAACAGCUAUGACCUGCACCUUGGGUACCAUCCAUGGAACGACAAACACCGGAAGGUGUUGAAGGCUUACGGAGCGGCCCCCCCACCACCAGAUCCUUUCUACGAGGAGAUCAAGAUGCCUGCGGGAGCAGUGAAGAACUUCCCAGAUUUUAGUGCAGCAAGCAUUGCUGGACAGUGUGAGCUUUUCUCGCUACGGCAGUCGGAAGGUGAAGACAGGCAGCGCAAGCCCGUCGCCAUGAAGAUAAGUUUGCUUGCCGGAUGUAUCGUGGCCACCGUGGGCACCCGUUUCUCUCACGAGGGUGGCCACCAGCAAGUCAGCAAGAAGGAAUGGGUCAACCGCCUAUGCAUGUUCGCCGGCUUUUUCCUGGUCGGGCCUUCCAUGUGCUGGUAUUAUCAGCACGUCGUCAGCCACCACGUGAGCACCAACCAGGAUGGCGACGCCGAGCGCGAUGUGGACGUGGAAUACAUUUGGAUCGCGGACUUGCUGCCUGGAUGGAUGAAGGCACUUUCCCUGCCUGGCAUUUUCAUUGGCACGGUGAUCGAGCUCGGUGUCAAGCGCAUGAUCGUGGACCUCCUUAUUCGUGGUCGUGUCGGUGGGCACAAGGUGGACUACCGCUUGGGUGGAAUUCUUGUGGAGAUUCCGCUGUGGUGCGUUCUGCAUUACAUGUUUGGCCCAUCCACCCUGUGCUAUUUGUGCAUGUACCUCACCGCAGGCGCCAUCUUCGUCCCAUGCUCCCAGGUCGCCCAUGUCAUCCUCUAUCCCAACUCCAAUGCGUAUGACUCGUGGGCAAAGAUGCAGAUUGCCGAGAGCGUGGACUUUGCAUCCGACUCGGACUUCUGGUACCACGUGGCUUUCGGUCUGACCACCCAGAUUGAGCACCACCUGUUCCCCGGCAUUGGUCACCACUGCUACGACACCAUCCGCCUGAUCACUCGCGAUGUCUGCAAGAAGCACGGCGUGCAUCAUCAGGACGUUUCCGCGUCUAUCGCCUUCAGUGCGCUGUGGAAGCGUCUCGUGGCUGCCACCCCGGCGGCGCUUUUGAUGUGA